UAUUCUUUCUUAUACUUUCAGGUGUUUCCAAUGUGGACAUUGAAGAGACAGUUUCCUAUCCUUUUUAACAUGAUCCUAAUUUCUGAACUCCUUGGGGCUAGAUGGUUUCCUAAAACUCUGCCCUGUGAUGUCACUCUGGAUGCUCCAAAUGCCCAUGUGAUUGUGGACUGCACAGACAAACAUUUGACAGAAAUUCCUGGAGGUAUUCCUGCCAAUGCCACCAACCUCACCCUCACCAUUAACCACAUAGCAGGCAUCUCUCCAGCCUCCUUCCACCAGCUGGACCAUCUGGUGGAGAUCGAUUUCAGGUGCAACUGCAUACCUGUUCGACUGGGGCCAAAAGACAACGUGUGCACCAAAAGGCUACAGAUUAAACCCAACAGCUUUAGCAAACUCACAUAUUUAAAAUCUCUUUACCUGGAUGGAAACCAGCUUCUAGAAAUACCUCAGGAUCUUCCUCCCAGCUUACAGCUGCUGAGCCUGGAGGCCAACAACAUCUUCUUGAUCAUGAAGGAGAAUCUAACAGAACUGGCCAACCUAGAAAUACUCUACCUGGGUCAAAACUGUUACUAUCGUAACCCUUGUAAUGUUUCAUUUACUAUCGAAAAAGAUGCUUUCCUAAAUAUGAGAAGUUUAAAAUUGCUCUCCCUAAAAGAUAACAAUAUCUCAGCUGUCCCCACUGUUUUGCCAUCUAGUUUGACAGAACUCUAUCUUUACAAUAACAUCAUUACAAAAAUCCAAGAAGAUGAUUUUAAUAACCUCAGUCAACUACAAGUUCUUGAUCUGAGUGGAAAUUGCCCUCGUUGUUAUAAUGUUCCAUUUCCUUGCACACCCUGUGAAAAUAAUUCUCCCCUACAGAUUGAUCUAAAUGCUUUUGAUGCAUUGACAGAAUUGCAAGUCUUACGUCUACACAGUAACUCUCUUCAGCAUGUGCCCCAAAGAUGGUUUAAAAACAUUAACAAACUUAAAGAACUAGAUCUUUCCCAAAACUUCUUGGCCAAAGAAAUUGGGGAUGCCAGAUUUUUACAUCUUCUUCAUAACCUUGUCAACUUGGAUCUGUCUUUCAAUUAUGAUCUUCAGGUCUACCAUGCAGUUAUAAAUCUAUCAGAUGCAUUUUCUUCACUGAAAAAAUUGAAAGUUUUGCGAAUCAAAGGCUAUGUCUUUAAAGAGCUGAAUAGUUUAAAUCUCUUCCCAUUACGUAAUCUUCCCAAUCUUGAAGUUCUUGAUCUUGGCACUAACUUUAUUAAAAUUGCUGACCUCAGCAUAUUUAGACAAUUUAAAACAUUGAAAUUCAUUGAUCUUUCAGUGAAUAAAAUAUCACCUUCGGGAGAGUCAACUGAAGGUGGUUUCUGCUCUAACAUGAGAACUUCUGUAGAAGGCCAUGGGCCCCAGGUCCUUGAAGCAUUGCAUUAUUUCAGAUAUGAUGAGUAUGCAAGGAGUUGCCGGUCCAAGAGCAAAGAGCCUCCUUCUUUCUUACCUCUUAAUGAAGAUUGUUAUAUGUAUGGGCAGACCUUGGACCUUAGUAGAAAUAAUAUAUUUUUUAUCAAGUCUUCUGAUUUCCAGCAUCUUUCUUUCCUCAAAUGCCUAAACUUAUCAGGAAAUAGCAUUAGCCAGACGCUUAAUGGAAGUGAAUUUCAGCCUUUAGUGGAGUUGAAAUAUUUGGACUUCUCUAACAAUCGGCUUGAUUUACUCUACUCAACGGCAUUUGAGGAGCUGCACAACCUGGAAGUCCUAGAUAUAAGUAGUAACAGCCAUUAUUUUCAAUCAGAAGGAAUUACUCACAUGCUAAAUUUUACCAAGAACCUCAAGGUUCUGAAGAAACUGAUGAUGAACUAUAAUGACAUCGCUACCUCCACCAGCAGGACCAUGGAGAGUGAAUCUCUUCAAAUCCUGGAGUUCAGAGGCAACCAUUUGGAUAUUUUAUGGAGAGAUGGUGAUAACAGAUACUUAAAAUUCUUUAAGAAUCUGCUAAACUUAGAAGAGCUAGACAUCUCUGAAAAUUCUCUGAGUUUCUUACCUUUGGGAGUUUUUGAUAAUAUGCCUCCAAAUCUAAAGACUCUCUCCUUGGCCAAAAAUGGGCUCAAGUCUUUCAGUUGGAAAGGACUACAGAGUCUGAAGAAUCUAGAAACUUUGGACCUCAGCUUCAACCAGCUGAAGACUGUCCCUGAGAGAUUAUCCAACUGUUCCCGCAGCCUCAAGAAACUCAUACUUAAGAAUAAUCAAAUCAGGUGCCUGACAAAGUAUUUUCUCCAAGGUGCUUUCCAGUUGCGACAUCUGGACCUCAGCUCAAAUAAAAUUCAGGUUAUCCAAAAGACAAGUUUUCCAGAAAACGUCCUCAACAAUCUAAACAUUUUGUUUUUGCAUCACAAUCGAUUUCUGUGCAACUGUGAUGCUGUGUGGUUUGUCUGGUGGGUUAACCAUACCGAGGUGACUAUUCCUUACUUGGCCACAGAUGUGACUUGCAUGGGACCAGGAGCACACAAGGGCCAGAGUGUGGUCUCUCUGGAUCUAUAUACCUGUGAGUUAGAUUUGACUAACUUCAUCCUGUUCUCACUUUCCAUAUCAGCAGUUCUCUCUCUGAUGAUGAUCACAACAGCAAACCAUCUCUAUUUCUGGGAUGUGUGGUAUAGUUAUCAUUUCUGUAAAGCCAAAAUAAAAGGGUAUCGACGUCUGAUAUCACCCAAUUCUUGCUAUGAUGCUUUCAUUGUAUAUGACACUAAAGACCCAGCAGUGACAGAGUGGGUUUUGGACGAGCUGGUGGCCAAAUUGGAAGACCCGAGAGAGAAGUGUUUUAAUUUAUGUCUUGAGGAAAGAGACUGGUUACCAGGGCAGCCUGUUCUGGAAAAUCUUUCCCAGAGCAUACAGCUUAGCAAAAAGACAGUGUUUGUGAUGACAGACAAGUACGCAAAGACUGAGAAUUUUAAGAUAGCAUUUUACUUAUCCCAUCAGAGGCUCAUGGAUGAAAAAGUGGAUGUAAUCAUCUUGAUAUUCCUUGAGAAGCCCCUUCAGAAGUCCAAGUUUCUCCAACUCCGGAAGAGGCUCUGUGGCAGUUCUGUCCUUGAGUGGCCAACAAACCCACAGGCUCACCCGUACUUCUGGCAGUGUCUGAAAAAUGCCCUGGCCACAGACAAUCACGUGACCUACAGUCAGGUGUUCAAAGAGACAGCCUAG